AUGAGUGGACAAAUCAUAUCUGGUUUGGAUAACAAUAUUUCUGUCGAACUUUCCUUUUCAGCAGUGAACGAAGUUCGCCAUGGCAUAAGCCAAAAUUUACCAUUUCAUAAUCAUCACUUUCAGAUCGUCAUCUCUGCCGUGGUUUUUCGCUCUUCGAAUCGCCAUUUUUUAUUCUACCCAAGGCUCUUCGUUUUUCCCACUCUCACGAAGAUGGAGGAGACACCUUUUAGGGCAAGAGAGAAGCUAAUUGAGAAGCAAAGAUUGUUUCAAAGCAUUCAGAAUAGCACUCAUCUCAAGGGUCCAAUGGAUAAAGUCACAUCUGUUGCUAUCCCUCUUGCAUUGGCUGGAUCUUCCAUCUUUCUCAUUGUUCGAGGAAUUUAUAACAUGUCUCAUGGGAUUGGAAAGAAAGCAUAAGCAUAUGAAGUUUUUUUUUUUUUUUUUUUU